GGUAGCGUUUCAUGGUAGCGAAACUCAGGGAAGCCACUCUCUCUCUCCCCCUCACUCUCUCUCUCUCUACUAAUAAUCCAAUCCCACCUUCCAUUAUCAAAUUAAAAACACACACACAUAAAAGAAAAGAAAGAAAUGGCAACUCCUUCAUUUCUCUUCUUCAUCUUUUGCAUCUUCCUCUCCAUCUCAUUCUCAAAUGGAACCCAACUCAUCCUAGUUAACAACUGUAACCAGAGCGUAUGGCCUGGCAUCCUCGGCGGAGCAGGCCAUGACACGCCCGAAGACGGUGGUUUCCAUCUAAGCACCGGCGAGGAAGUAGUCCUCAACGUACCCAAUGGAUGGUCCGGUCGGAUCUGGGGUAGGCAAGGAUGCUGUUUCGACAACAACGGCAAAGGCUCCUGUGAGACCGGCGACUGCGCAGGUCUACUUCAUUGCAAAGGAAUGGGCGGAGUCCCGCCUGCGACAGUAGUCGAGAUGACAUUUGGAACUUCCAAAUCAGCCUUACAUUACUACGACGUUAGCCUAGUCGAUGGUUUCAACCUACCGGUGGCAAUGAUACCGGUCAGCGGCGGUGUCGGGUGCGGCGUGGCAGCUUGUGAAACCGAUCUAAAUAUCUGCUGUCCGUCAAUGUUCGAGGUGAGACGGAACGGUAAGGUGGUCGGGUGUAAGAGUGCUUGUCUGGCAUUUAAAUCAGCUAAGUACUGUUGUACCGGUGACUAUGCGUCGCCGAAGAGCUGCAAGCCGACGCUCUUCUCGCACUUGUUUAAGGCGAUCUGCCCACGUGCGUACAGCUUCGCUUUCGAUGAUUCAUCUAGCCUUCGCACGUGCCGGGCCCCACGAUAUGUGAUCACAUUCUGCCCACCUACUAGUUAAGUAUGAUUAGGGAGGGUGAUUAAAUAAAGAAAUUGAGAUUAGUAUGGUGUUAGUGUCAAUGCAUGCUGCUCUGCAUGAAUGUUUUUUGUAAUUGAAGGGUUUUUUUUUUAUUUUUUUAAUUUUGGAAUUCAGUGUUGUUGGGUUUUUAGGGUUUUAUUAAUCGGUUGGAAUUUCUUAUUAUAGUUCUACUUAUGUUGUAUAUAUGACUGAGGAUGGUGUUGAAAUGGAGAAUGGGAUAUGAGCUGGGAUUC